AGCUUGUUGCUGCGCCCACCAACCCACCAGUGCACAGAGUGAGAGGAGUGAGAGCAGAGAAAAAUGAUAAUAUUAUUUAGGACAGGACGGCAGUCGGGACUGGCACUGCGGUCUCGUCUGUUUGUUGCACGUGAGAGCUGCCAGAAUCAAACACAACACACAACGUUCGUCCUUCUUUAUUUUCAACGUUUAAACUGUUUGCCACCCACCAACUAGGAUCUCUGUUUCUUCCCAGUGUUCCGUCCAAUUCUUCCCUUACGAAAAUAAUCAAAAAGAACAAAUUCUGUUUGUUUUGGCAUUGAAAGAAAAUUGAAUCCCGAAAAUUCAGAGAAUCGCCAGAAAGAAAAUUAUACGGACGAGGUGGACCCGAAGACUUUGGACCCGACCCGACUCGACCCAACAGCAGUGGCAACCGUUUAAUCAAAGGAAAAGGAAAUGACGGGCAAAGUGGUGGCGAUCAACAAGAGUCAGUCUAAGGAAGAUGAUUCAAUCCAAUAUUUCCGGCCAUCCAGCGGUGACGGCGGCGGCGCCGUCGGUGGUGGACGACCAAGACGCCGCCGUUUCGCCGAGUGGCUCCCGUGGAAAUUGUUUCAAGAUCAAAUGAAUCCAGACAAGGCCAAUCACGGCUGGUUUAUCGGCCGCUACGCCCGCGAAUGUCUACACAUUCUGCCCAAUUUGCCAACUUGCAUCAAGUGGCCCUUCCAUCAGACGUCAGUCCUCGAGUGGCAUCAGGUGGACGAAUCGCUGAGGGAGCCGGGCAUCUACUACGGAUACCGUCCGGAAGUGUCCAGCUGGAUGGAGUGCUGCCACAGUCUUUUCACGGCCAACAAUGAAACGCUCAAUUUCUGGACCCAUUUCUUCCCGACCGUCUUCUUCAUCUGGCGGACGGUCCAGUUGGCCGGCCAGUGGAACAGCAAGGACGACCUUCACUCUGCUGAAUACGCUCAAUCCUUCAUGGCCUACAUGAUGACGGCCAUUUUGUAUCCGUGCAUGUCGGCCGUGGCUCACGGUUUCUCGGCGUUGAGUCACCGGGCCAGGGCCGUCCUCUUCUUCAUGGACUACGCCGCCAUCAAUUUCUACGCCUACGGAUCGGCUCUGCUCUACAGGUCCUACGUCCUGCCGGACACGUGGAUGGAGAACGAAACGGGCACCAACAUUUACCUGACCGUUUGCUUCAGCCUUUCGCUGGCCUCCACCGCUCUGACUUGCACCAGCCGGGCCUUUGUCCGUGACGUCGUCGCCCAGCGUCUCAUGAGAUUGGCCGCCUUCACUUUGCCUUACAUUUGGGUUUCCAUUCCGCUUUUCGCCCGGCUCGUCAAUUGCUUCGGCUUCGACGAAUCCACUUCCUGCCCGACGCCGGACACCCUCAGGGCCGCCAAGUAUCACUUGUGUCAGGUGAUUGUCGCCCUGAUGGCCAGUUUCUGCUACGCUUCCCAUUUGCCAGAACGGGUCAUGCCCGGCACCUUUGACUACGUCGGCCACUCGCACAAUUUGCUCCACAUUUGCGGAGUGACGGCCACUCUGUUCCAGAUGGAAGGCGCUCUACUGGACAUGGAAGUCCGUCGCUCUUUCCUCACCCAAAAUCAUUUGGCCAUGGUGGAUCCUUACUGGAAUUUUUGGGUGCCAGUCAUUUUACUUGCCGGACACGUCCUACUCAUCGCCGGAUUCGGGCUCUACAUUUACUGGAACGAAGCCGCUACUGUCGAGUGCGAAAAGAAGAAAUUCAAAUGUCAUUAGAUAAUUGGAUUACGACACAACACCACCCACCACCACCCUACCAAAAACGAUAAUUGAUCCAGACUAUUUUUGUACAAAUCAGCUUGUUCAGCAUUGACGUAUAUCAUAACAACCCAGAACUGUACAAUCAAACCUGUCAAAUUAUUACUAUGGGCCAACUAUGUAAUAGCUAAUACCACCACGUAAUAACCUGCGACACCUUUAACUUGCCAAUAUUUACCUUCACAAAAUGAUAAGAAAAUGCCCCGAACUUUGGCAGAAGCACCAACAACUAGGUCAUAAAAAGAAAGAAGGGAUAAUUAUUUUUUACUGUAUAAUCUUAUAUAACACAAUAUCAGGUCUUUUAUCGAUGAAAUAAACAAACUACGGAUUUAGA